GGCGACGAUGGCCCCCGGCGACAGAAGACCAGGCGGGAGGGGCUGGAGGAGAAGGAGGCGGAGGAGGAGGAGGACGUCGAGAAGGCGGUAGAGGAGGAGGAAGGGGGCAGCUGCGGAGAGGAGGAGGAGGAGGAAGAGGAGGAGGAGGAGGAUGAAGACUUGGACGACUUGGACGGGAUGGAGAUGGACAGCUGCUUCCCGAGCCUGCAGCCCUUCACGGGGCUGCCCCUGGCCCCGGGGGGCGGGGCCAUGCCCACCCUCCUGCGGCAGCAGCGGGUACGACGGGCGGCGCUCGCCGAGAGCGGGGGCGAGGACGGAGAGGAGGAAGAGGAGGAGGACGAGGUGGAGGAAGAGGAGGAGGACGAGGACAGCGCCGACGUGGAGAACCUGGCCGGAGAGAUCGUCUACCAGCCGGACGGCUCGGCCUACAUCGUGGAGAGCCUCAGUCAGCUCAUCCAAAGCGGGGGGGGCUCGGCCCCCGGGCUGCUCCCCCAAAACUCCCUCCCCGCCUCGGGCCGGACGGGCGACCCCGCCGGGAACUCCUCUUCCUCCUCCUCAUCCUCAUCCUCUUCCUCUUCCUCGGUGUACCCCCAGAUCAUCAACACGUUCCACAUAGCCUCCUCCUUCAGGAAGUGGUUCGGCCCCUCAGACCAAGGUUUCCCCAAUACCUCAGCCCUGGCAGGCCCCAGCCCUGUCCUGCACAGUUUCCGCGUCUUCGACGUGCGGCACAAAAGCAACAAGGAUUACCUGAACAGCGACGGGUCUGCCAAGAGGUCCUGCGUAUCCAAAGAUGUUCCCAACAACGUGGAUUUCUCCAAAUUCGACGGGCUGGCCCUCUACGGCAAGGGCAAGCCCAUCCUCAUGUGUUUCCUGUGCAAGCUGUCCUUCGGCUUCGCCCGCUCCUUCGCCACCCACGCCGUGCACGACCACCGCAUGACCCUGAGCGAGGAGGAGCGCCGUCUCCUGGGCAACGGGCACGCCUCCGCCAUCAUCCAGGGCAUCGGGAAGGACAAGGAGCCCCUCAUCAGCUUCCUGGAACCAAAAAACAAGAGCUCCCCCGCCCCGCCCGCCCCCCCGCCCCUCGGCUCGGGGCAGAGCUUCUACGGGACGUUCAGCGGCGUGCACCUGGACGCGGGGGCCGGGGACGGGGGCGGCGGUGGAGGAGGGGGGGGAGGAGGAGAGAGGAACGAGUCCCUCUCAAGCAAAGACUCAGAUUCGGGCUCCCAGCCGGGACCCCUGGGCUCCCUCCUGACUGUGGGGGGGUCGCCCUCCCGAAGCUCAGCCCCGGGCCCUGCCAAAGACUCCAGCACCCUGUCCCAGCAGGGAGGGAGAGCAGAGGGGCCCGCGGGCACUGAGGGCCCCCGCGUGGGGGACAGCCCGGAGCGGACCGGGCUGGGGGACGUGGCCAAGCAGCUCUCGCCCCGAGCGGGGGUGGGCUCGGAGGCAGAGGAAGAACUGUUACUGGAGGAGGAGGAGGAGGAGGAGGAAGACGACGAUGAAGAAGAAGAAGGUGGCGCCGCGGCGUUGGUGGCUCGCGGCGACGGAGAUGGGGGGGAAGCGGCCGUCUCAAACCAAAGCAUUUCCAAAUCUCCUUUAUCAGCGCCCGGUGCUCUCCGGCCUUCCGCCAGCCCCGCCCCCACCCCCACCCCCACCCCGCCCUUCGCCCCCGCCCUGCCGUCGGAAGGGGGCGUGGGCACGGACGGCGGGGGACGGAGCGCUGAGCUCCCUCUGAGCUUUAACUGCCAGGGGCCCGGGGUCCCCACGGCAACCUCGGCGGCGGGGGUGGCGUCCGUCGAAAGAGGGGGCGGGGACAACGACGACGACGAUGACGCCGAAGGACCCCGCCCGGCCUGCGCCUCCAACGGCUCCUCCCCCUCCCCCGCGCCCGGCGGCGCGGCCGCCGACGAAAGUGCCAAUCGAGACAGUGCCACAGCUCCUGAACCAAACGAAGGCCCGGCCGACGCGGAGGACGAGGGCGGGGCCCUCCUGCACCACCACCACCACCUGCACCACCUCCACCACCACCACCUGCACCACCACCACCUGCACCCCUCGCCGCACGCCCACGGCCACUCGCACCCGCACCCGGGCACGCCCUGCGACCUGGCGGGCGCGGGCGAGUGCCCGCAGAGCCUGGCGGGGCUGGGGGCGGGGCUGGGGGCGGGCGCGGCCAGCGGCGUGGAGUGCCCCAAGUGCGACACCGUGCUGGGCUCCUCCCGCUCCCUGGGCGGUCACAUGACCAUGAUGCACUCGCGCAACUCCUGCAAGACGCUCAAGUGUCCCAAGUGCAACUGGCACUACAAGUACCAGCAGACCCUGGAGGCCCACAUGAAGGAGAAGCACCCGGACUCGGGGGGCUCCUGCGCCUUCUGCAGCAGCGGCCAGAGCCACCCCCGCCUGGCCCGGGGCGAGAGCUACACCUGCGGCUACAAGCCCUUCCGCUGCGAGGUCUGCAACUACUCCACCACCACCAAGGGCAACCUGAGCAUCCACAUGCAGUCGGACAAGCACCUGAACAACAUGCAGACGCUGCAGAACGGCGGCACCGUGCCCUCCACCGACCCCGUGUUCGGCCACACCCCCGGGGGCGGGGCCGGCGCGGUGCCCGUCCCCCCCGCCGCGCAGGCCGCCGCCCACCACCCGGGCCACGGGCACGGUCACGGCCACGCCCACUCCCACGCCCACUCCCACCCCCACCCCCACCCGCACCCGCACCACCACCCCGCUGCCGCCCAGUCCGCCCCCCACUCGGGCGGGGCCUGCGGGGCCCCCUCCCCCCCCACCAAGCCAAAAAGCAAGCCCACGUGGCGCUGCGAGGUGUGCGACUACGAGACCAACGUGGCCCGCAACCUGCGCAUCCACAUGACCAGCGAGAAGCACAUGCACAACAUGAUGCUCCUGCAGCAGAACGUGACGCAGAUGCAGCACGGCCGCCUGGGCCUGGGGGGGCUGCCCCCGCCCUCCGAGGCCGAGCUCUACCAGUACUACCUGGCCCAGAACAUGAGCCUCCCCCCGGGCCUCAAGAUGGACCCCGCCUCGGCCGACGCCCAGUACCUGCUCGGGGGCUUCCACCUGGACCCCGGCAUGGCGGCCAUGGGCUCCGCCCUCGUCGGAGGGGACAUCCCCGUGGACCUGCGGCUGGGCGGCGGCCAGCUGGUGUCGGAGGAGCUGAUGACCCUGGGGGAGAGCCUGUCCCAGACCAGCGACCCCUCCCUCAAGCUCUUCCAGUGCGCCGUGUGCAACCGCUUCACCACCGACAACCUGGACGUGCUGGGCCUGCACAUGGGGGCGGAGCGCAGCCUGCCGGAGGAGGAGUGGCGGGCGGCGGCGGGCGACUCCCACCAGUGCAAGCUGUGCCGCUACACCACGCAGCUCAAGGCCAACUUCCAGCUGCACUGCAAGACGGACAAGCACGUGCAGAAGUACCAGCUGGUGGCGCACAUCAAGGAGGGGGGCAAGGGCAACGAGUGGCGCCUCAAGUGCGUCGCCAUCGGCAACCCCGUCCACCUGAAGUGCAACGCCUGCGACUACUACACCAACAGCCUGGAGAAGCUGCGGCUGCACACAGUCAACUCCCGCCACGAGGCCAGCCUCAAGCUCUACAAGUACCUACGGGACCCCCCUGUGGAGAACGCAGGCCUUGGAUGGACGCUGCGGGAAGUGGAACCUGGCGGUCCAGGCGAGGAGGCGUCCGACACGGUCUCAGUCUUACAGGAGACACCGCGGUCCAGGCCAAAGCAGGACAUCAUCCUCCAUGCCUUCGCCGAGCGUGUUCAGUACUUGGAGGCCGGCUCCGCCCAGUCCGUGGGGUUUCCAGACACGGUGUGCAAGGAGUCGUUCACGCAGAAGAACAUCCUCCUGGUGCACUACAACUCCGUCUCGCACCUGCACAAGGUGAAGCGGGCCCUGCAGGAGUCCGCCACCGGCCACCCCGAGCCCACCAGCAGCCCCGACAACAAGCCCUUCAAGUGCAGCACCUGCAACGUGGCCUACAGCCAGAGCUCCACCUUGGAGAUCCACAUGCGCUCCGUCCUCCACCAGACCAAAGCCCGCGCGGCUAAACUCGAAGCGGCGGGGUCCUCCACCACCGGCUCCACCGGCGCUUUGGGCGGAGGCGGAGGUGGUUCCUCUGUGGGGACGUCGGCCUCCAGCCCCAGCCCGGCCACCAACUCGACAACCGCCGUGAGCAGCAGCUCUUCGUCCUCUGUGCAGACCGUGCAGAGCCUUCUGGGAGGUGGUCACGCGGGCCAGUCCCACGGCAUGGACGGCCUCGGAAACUCCACGGUGGCCUGCCACCCCUCCCCGUCCGAAAACCACGACUCGAAAAAGAAGUUUGCGGACAUGCUGUCCUCGAGGUCCCAAGCGCAGCAGCUGCAGCAGCAGCAGCAGCAGCAGCAACAACAACAACAACAACAACAGCAGCAGCAGCAACAGCAGCAGCAGCAGCUGGCCCAGGCUCAAGCCCAUGCCCAGGCACAGCUCCAGCAGGAGCUCCAACAGCAGGCCGCCCUCAUCCAGUCCCAGCUUUUCAACCCGGCACUCCUUCAGCACUUCCCCAUGACAGCGGAGGCUCUGCUUCCCCUGCAGCAGCAGCAGCUGCUCUUCCCCUUCUACAUCCCCGGGGCGGAGUUUCAGCUGAACCCGGAGAUCAGCCUCAGCGGCUCCGCGCUCAGCAUGGCGGGCGCCUCCACCUCCUCCCUGCUGGAGGACCUGAAGAACUCUGCGCAGCAGGCCCAGCAGAGCUGCCUGCAGCAGCAGCUGCUGCACCACCACCUCCAGCAGCAGGCGCACUCCCAGGCCCAGGGCCAGAUGGCCCUGCUCCAGCAGAACGCCUCGCUCCUGCACCAGGCGGACAAAAAACCCAAGUCCGCUCCUCACGGCGAGAAAGAUCGGGAUGGACAGAGGGACAAGGAGAUGAGUGAGAAGGUGGACGACCACCAACCCAAAGAUGGCGUGGACGGCAUUAAAUCUAAGGAGAAGAAAGAUCAGCCACAGACCUCAGCGGCCGUCAACCACGACCCCGGCUUUCCGCCACCCAGGAUCACUUCCGACGCGCGAGGAAAUGCCACCAAAGCCCUUUUGGAGAACUUUGGGUUUGAGCUGGUCAUCCAGUACAACGAGAACAAGCAGAAGGUGCAGAAGAAGUUGGCUGGCAUGGGUCCCGCGGGAAUCUGCCGGGUGGUGGAUCCCAUCGAGGGGCUGGAGAAGCUGGAGUGCGAGGCGUGUGGAAAGCUCUUCUCCAACAUCCUGAUCCUGAAGAGUCAUCAGGAGCACAUACACCAGGCCUUCUUCCCGUUUCCCUCUUUGGAGAGAUUCGCCAAGGAGUACAGGGAGCAGUAUGACAAACAGUACCCCCUAAGGCCCCAGACCCCUGAGUGCAGCACCUCCCCUCCCCCACCUCCUCCUCCUCCUCCACCUCCACCCCAACCCCAACCGCAGCGAACCCCCACACCAAACAUCCCCGUCUCCACACCGUCGCUGACGCCGCCGGCCGUUCCUCCCCCACAGCCCUCGGUUCCCAUGGCUCAAAUCCCCAUGCCAAUGGACUUGCCUCUCUUCUCUCCUCUUAUGAUGCAGUCCAUGUCCCUGCAGUCCUUGCCCUCUCAGAUGUCCGCCCAGCUGCCCUCUGUGGAGUCCGGUCUGGCCAGUGACCUGGCCCAGCUCUACCAGCAGCAGCUCACCCCGGCCAUGCUGCAGCAGCAGCAGAACAAGAGGCCUCGGACCCGCAUCACCGACGACCAGCUGAGGGUCCUGCGGCAGUACUUCGACAUCAACAACUCCCCAAACGAGGACCAGAUCAAGGAGAUGGCCGACAAGUCCGGCCUGCCCCAGAAGGUGAUCAAGCACUGGUUCCGCAACACCCUUUUCAAGGAGCGCCAGCGCAACAAGGAUUCGCCGUACAACUUCAACAACCCGCCCAUCACCACCCUGGAAGAAACCAAAGUCGAUUCCAAGCCGCCUUCCCCGGAGCCCCUGAGACAGGAGUAUUAUGGAAGCAAGAGGUCCUCGAGAACAAGGUUCACCGAUUACCAGCUUAGGGUGCUGCAAGAUUUCUUUGAUGCCAAUGCCUACCCUAAAGAUGAUGAAUUUGAGCAGCUUUCAAACCUGCUGAGUCUGCCCACCCGGGUCAUCGUUGUGUGGUUCCAGAACGCCCGGCAGAAGGCCCGUAAGAACUACGAGAACCAGGGAGAAGGAAGCAAAGAAGGCGAGCGGCGGGAGCUGUCCAAUGAUCGCUAUAUCCGCACAACGAAUCUGAAUUACCAGUGCAAGAAGUGCAGCCUGGUCUUCCAGCGCAUCUUCGACCUCAUCAAGCACCAAAAGAAGCUGUGCUACAAGGACGAGGACGAGGAAGGGCAGUACGAUAGCCAAAACGAGGACUCGAUGGAUUUCUCGAAUGAAUACUACACCCCGUCCGGCUCCUCCUGCCAUACCCCUAUGCCCUCCUCCUCCAGCUUGUGCCCCCUGCCCCCGUCCACGUCGGCCUUCUCCCAGUUGGCCUCGUCCUCGGAGAGGGAGGAGGCCUCGCCCGCGAACACGUCGAACGCGCUCGGCGAGAAGCCCAAGCACUCGGCCGAGACGGCGCCCUCGAAGCCGCGGGAGAACCUGGCGUCCGUCAAGCAGGAGAGUCCGCAGCCGCAGCAGCAGCAGCCGCCGCCCCCGCUGCAAGCGGAGACGCAGCAGCCCAGGCCGCCUCCGCGCGAGGAGAAGACCCAGUCCACUCCAAAGACCCCCAAGCUUCACUCUCUGUUCCCUUCCCAGCAAAAGCAGCAGCAGUGUGGUCCCACUAUAUCCCAGGCCAGCCCGGCUCCUUCACAGAGUUCUCACAUGACGCUUAAUCCUCUCCUCACAACGCCCUCCCAACAGCAGCAGCAGCAGCAGCAGCUUGCUCAGCAGUUGAUCCCUUACCAGUGUGACCAGUGCAAGCUGGGAUUUCCCUCCUUCGAGCACUGGCAGGAGCAUCAGCAGCUUCACUUCCUCUCUGUGCAGAACCAGUUCAUUCACCCCCAGUUUCUGGACCGCCCCAUGGACAUGCCCUUCAUGUUGUUUGACCCCAGCAAUCCCCUGCUGGCCAGUCAGCUCCUCUCCGGGGCCAUGCCGCAGAUGCCCACCAGCUCCGCCACCUCGCCCUCCACCCCCACCUCCACCAUGAACUCCCUCAAGAGGAAACUGGAGGAGAAAGCGGGCACCAGUCCCGGGGAGAAUGACAGCACGCACAGCGGGGAGGAGCCCCAGCGGGACAAGCGGCUCCGGACGACCAUCACGCCGGAGCAGCUGGAGAUCCUGUACCAGAAGUACCUGCUGGACUCCAACCCCACCCGCAAGAUGCUGGACCACAUCGCCCACGAGGUGGGCCUGAAAAAGAGGGUGGUGCAGGUGUGGUUUCAGAACACCCGAGCCAGGGAAAGGAAAGGGCAGUUCCGCGCCCUCGGCCCCGCCCAGGCUCACCGCCGGUGCCCCUUCUGUCGCGCCCUGUUCAAGGCGAAGACUGCGCUGGAGGCCCACAUUCGCUCGCGCCACUGGCACGAAGCUAAGCGCGCCGGCUACAACCUGUCCCUCACCGGCAUGUCCCCCGAUCAGGAAGGGAUGCUGUUGAAGUUGGAUCCUCUGGACAUCUCCAGCUCUCCGCAACCCCCGACCUCCAACAACGAUGGACAGUGUUCCUCUCUCUCGCCCGUGAGCAAAAGCAUGGAUCUUUCUCCUCGGGGUCUGCUGAGCCCAACGUCCAUCAAGGUAGAAGGAAUGGAGGACUUCGAAAGUCCCACCAUGUCGUCCGUCAACUUGAGCUUCGAUCACAGCAAGCUCGACAAUGAUGACUGCUCCUCGGUGAACACGGCCAUCACGGACACCACCACGGGGGACGAGGCAAACGCGGACAACGACAGUGCGGACGCGAAGCACAGUCAUAACAGCAGCGACUUUAUGUCUAAGUCCGGGGGGGCGCCCCCAUCUGCCGAGAAUGACGACCAGAUGUCUUCUGGGCUGGUGAGCCCUGCAACGAGUUACUAUGCCAGGGACUUUGAAAAUGAGACUAUAGUGGACUACAGUGAGAACUCAAGUCUGGCAGACCCCUGCUCACCAAGCCCUGGGGCUUCGGGAACCAGGAGCAUUGAUAGCGACCGGCCAGGCCAGAAGCGUUUCCGAACGCAGAUGACCAAUCUCCAGCUCAAACUGCUGAAGUCCUGUUUCAACGACUACAGGACUCCCACCAUGCUGGAAUGCGAGGUCCUCGGCAACGACAUCGGCCUCCCGAAGAGGGUGGUCCAGGUGUGGUUCCAGAACGCCCGCGCCAAGGAGAAGAAGGCCAAGCUCAGCAUGGCCAAGCAUUUCGGCAUCAACCAGACGUCCUACGAGGGACCCAAGACGGAGUGCACCCUGUGCGGCGUCAAGUACACCGCCAGGCUCUCGGUGCGAGACCACAUCUUCUCCCAGCAGCACAUCAACAAGGUGAAGGACACCAUCGGGAGCCAGCUGGACAAGGAGAAGGAGUACUUCGACCCGGCCACGGUCCGCCAGCUGAUGGCGCAGCAGGAGAUGGACCGCAUCAAGAAGGCCAACGAGGUCCUGGGACUGGCGCAGCAGCAGGCCAUGCAGCAGCAGGGGAUGUUCGACAGCCCCGCCCUGCAGGCCCUGAACCUCUCGUCAAGCUACAACGCUUUGCAGGGGAUCCCCCCGGUGCUUCUGCCGGGGGUUAGCAACCCCUCCUUAUCGGGCUUCACUUCAUCAAACUCAGCUUUAACGUCUCCAAAACCUCCCAACCUCCUGAGCAUGCCCGGUGCGAGUGUCCCCUCCCCCAGCCUCCCCACAUCUGGGUUACCAAACAAGCCCCCCUCCUCUUCCUCUCUGGCCUCGCCCGGCCCGGCCCAGGCCACCGCUUCCACGGCCCACUCGACCCCCACCUCCUCCGCCCCCACGUCCGCCGCCAACUCCUCCUCGUCGGCCUCGCAUCCGGGCGCCCGGUCUGAACCCCCCAAAGAGCGAGACGCCGAGAGGGCCAGGGAGAGGGAGAAGUCUAAGGUGAAGACGGAGAAGCCCCCGACGCCGUCCUCGACGGGGGGCACCCCAGCAGCGCCCUCCACGUCCGCCGCCAGCGCCAAGAAGGAGAAGCCCGACCCGGCCGUUCCUGCCACCUCCAUGCCGACGCCGGGCAUGGAGUACGUGGUGGACCCCGCCCAGCUCCAGGCCCUGCAGGCCGCCUUGGCCUCGGACCCCACGGCCCUCCUGACCAGCCAGUUCCUGCCCUACUUCAUGCCCGGCUUCUCGCCGUACUACGCCCCGCAGAUACCCGGGGCCCUCCAGGGCGGCUACCUGCAGCCGAUGUACGGCAUGGAGAGCCUCUUCCCGUACAACCCGGCCUUGUCGCAGGCUCUGAUGGGGCUGUCCCCAGGGUCGCUGCUCCAGCACUACCAGCAAUAUCAGCAGAGCCUGCAGGGGGCGCUGCAGCAGCAGCAGCGGCAGCUCCAGCAGCAGCAGCAGCAGCAGCAGCAGCAGCAACAGCAGCAGAAGCAACAGCAGCAGCAGCAGCAGCUACAGCAACCAAAAGCAAGUCAAACUCCAGCCCCGCCCAAGACCCCAGACACCCCAGACCACAAAGAACCUGCCAAAGAUCCAGUGAAAGCUGAACAGCAGAAAGGCACUCCCUCCUGUGAGAACUCUUCCUCCUUCGCUUCUUCCUCAUCUUCCUCCCACAAGAACCUACCCUUCGAGCUGCAAGAGGCAGACGGCAAAGGCGCGGAACCCCCCCUCGACCGGUACAUCGUCCCCAGGGCGCAGCACCGGCUGGCGUGCCGGAAGUGUCAGGCCCUGUUCAGCAAGGAGGAGGCGGCCAUCGGCCACCUGAAGUCCGUCUGCUUCUUCGGCCAGUCCGCGGCGAACCUGCAGGAGAUGCUGCUUCGAGUCCCCGGCGGCGGCGGCGGUGGCGCGGGCGCGGGCGAGGGCGGCCUGUACGACUGCCUGGCCUGCGACGCCACGCUGGACGGGGAGAAGGCGCUCAGUCACCACCUGGAGUCGGCCCUGCACAAACACAGAACAAUCAAGCGAUCAGCCAGAAAUGCCAAAGAGCACGCUUCUCCUAGUUUAUUACCUCACACUUCGGCCCGCUUCCCCGAUCCCAACGCCGCAUCUACCUCGCAGUCCGCCUCCCACAAUAACAGCAGCCCCCCUCCCCCGCGCGCCGCCACGCCGUCCCCUUCCGCCUCUUCGUCCUCCUGCUCAUCUUCCUCCGCGGCCACCACCCCCCCUCACAACGCAGCCGCCGCCGCAGCCGCCAGCAAACCCUGGCCCCAGGCCCACGUCUCCAGACCUUCGGCCGGGAAGCCCAACGUAGUAGUCUCCCCUUCGACUUCUCCUCAUUCUUUUCCUCCGGCGUCCUCACCUUCAACGGUUACCUCAAGUUCGUUGAGCACCUCAGGGGUUCAGACCUCGAUACCAACAGACGUCUUUACCGACGAGUCUGAGUCUGGCGGCGGUCCGAGGUCGGCAGACAGGCUGGGCGGGCCGGCCGAGGGGCCGCCGCAGCCCAGCUGUCUCAAAGACAGCAGUAGUUGUAGUAGUACUCUUGCUAGCUUAGGAACGGACUCCCUCCGAUUGUAAAAGAGCUUUCAAACGACGACGGACGAUGUUUAAAAAAUGUAAAAAAAAGACAAAAAAAAACAAACCGACAAAAGGAAAAAAAAAACAAAAACAAAUAAAAAGCAGCGAUGUUUAAAAAAAAAAAAAAAAAAUGUUUAAAAAUAUACAAACCAAUUUCAGAAGAAAAGAUGUGUAAAGAUUAACUGCAAUUCCAAAGCUUGUAACCAAAAAUUAAAUGUUAAUGGAUUGUUUUCCCAUAUCAACAUGCUGGUUUACGUUGAUUACGUCGAACUAAAAUAUAUAUUUAAAUAUAUAUAGCUAAAAUAAAGUGACUGCAGUUAAGUUUUGGAUAUUGAUAGCAGAAUGCUGUACAGCAAUGGACUGCCUCAAACGUCAUUCAAACAGCCCCUGACCCCCGCAAAUAAUGAAUUAACAAGUUGUCCCUUGUUCGUUUAAUUAUUCCCGCUUAAUAGCACAGUAACAGAAGCCAGUAUGUACUGUAUGGGAGAAUAGUCUUACAUUUACAGUUUUCUUGCUAUCUAAGCAUUCAGAUACCAAUGGCUUGCUAAAAUAAGAAAAAUAAUGUAAUGUCUAUUUUAUUCUCAGGUCAACAGCUCCACAACCUUUUGUUCUGUUACAGAAAUUCAUUGUUUUUUUUUUUGUUUUUUUGUUUUGUUUUGUUUUGUUUUGUUCCUAACAGAAGUAGGAAUCCUCGGCUAUUGAUUUAACUGACAGAAAGUAUUAAGAGAGAAAAUCUCAUGAAGGUGUAGCUUUCUGGGGGAUUCAAAAAGGGUAGCUGAUCUGCUGAUUUUAAACAUAAAUCAUUUUUAAAAAAGGGGAGGACAACCCCUCUCACUUCACCCAGGCACGGAGAGUAUUGCAGACUUGUUGGUGGGGAGAAGAAAAAAAAAAAGAUUUUUUAAAGUAAGAGAAAAAAAAACAACUUUCUGUAUUUAUGAUAGAUAUGAACAUUUUUGGUGUUAAGUAGAUUGUUGCAUUGGAAAUGAAUUUAAACAGUAUGGUAGACUGAAAAAAAUAUUUGUGUAUAUUUAGCUUUUGUAUCGUCCAACUUAAAAGGCGGUUCAUUUGAUGUUGUCUUGGUCAUUCCGAUAGACUAGAUUAAGGAACAGUAACAGACCUACUCUUCAUGUUUGUUUUCUUCUUCUUCUUCACUGUUUGGCUGUCCUUCGCCAAGCUGCCAUUCUCAGACUCGGCGGGGGAUCGUUCCUUUCGUUCUUCUAUCGUUUUCUUUUCUUUCCUCCCCCUCCCCCCUUUAUUUUCUUGGUCGAUACAAUAGUGACAAAAAAAGGAAAAAAAAUAAUAAUAAUUCUGGGGUGAAAUGUCCGAAGAAAUUUUUAAUUAUGUUUGUGUUACCUUUGUGCACUUAACCACUGUCUGACUGUUUCUCUGUUUUUCUCUCUCUCUCCCUCUUUCCCUUGGUUUUUCUCUCUCUCUCUCUCCCUGCAUUUGUAGAGUUGGAGGUAGAUUUCUACCCUUGCACUACAAGGCAGAUAACUUUGUUUCUUGUAUAAUGUGGCUGCAGCCUUUCCGGGUUUAUUUUUUCAUAAGAACUUUUCCAUGUUGUCAUAGAUGAAAAUGAAAAAUAAUAAUAAUAUUGAUGAUAAUAAUAAGUCUCACGCUUUAAAACAAAAAGAGUAUCCAAAGACAAAACACUUUCACCAUUGGUGCAUAAAGAUGAGCAAAAGAGGCUUCUUUAUACUUGAUAAUUUGUUGUUUUUAAAGAAAAGGAAAAACAAAGUUUUAAAAUAAAGGAGUUUCGUGUCAGAG